AUGCCCUCUAUAUCGGAUCGGCUGACGGUGAUCAUCACAACCUCACCAGCCCCAUCAAACCCCGCCACAGAUCUCAUUGCAUCGGUCUUACAGUCCUUCCAGCGUCACUGCGCUGGUCUGACCGACGCCCGCGUGGUCGUCGUCUUCGACACCUUUGAUCGCAUCACCUCCCAGCCGCGUCUGAAAAAAGGCCAUGCCAGCCCUGAGCUAGCUGAGAACUACGAGCUGUACAAGCGCAACAUCAAGGAGCUCAUUCUGCAAACAUAUCGUCAUGAGCAGGACGGCCAAGACCAAGCCGUGAGCGAAUCACGCGCCGAGGCCGAAUUCGGCUUCGAUGGCAGCGUCGAGCUGCUCAUUAGCCAGACUGGCAGUCGUAAAAUUACGUUCAUUGAACCUGUCGCCCGGCUGGGUUUUGGUCUGGCUGUUCGCUCUGCCCUGAGGGUGGUCGAGACGCCGUACGUCUGGGUCCAGCAGCAUGACUGGGCGUUUGUGGCGGAUAUUCCCCUCGAACCUCUGCUGGACAUCAUGCAGGGAAGUGAGGGCGAUGACGCUGUGCCUGUCAAAUAUGUCUCGUUCCCAUCGGUGCGGAUGAAGCGGUAUGCGGUGUCACCGCACGUCACGGACCACCCUGGGCUGCGGGAACUCACCACCUCCCUGAAGCGGGAUUUUGUGGUCCAGUCGCAGCCAGAUGGGAAGAUUUCUCUUACGCCGCUGUUUUUCUGGUUCGAUAAACCGCAUGUUGCCUCUACGGCGCAUUAUCUGGCCCGGGUUUUCCCGACGCGGCUGGCGAUGCGGCGGGGCGAGUUCAUCGAGGAUAAGAUCGGACAGCGGGCAAGGGCGCAGAUGAAGGAAGGGCAGUGGGCUAAGUGGGGGACUUGGCUAUACUAUCCUGAUGAGGGAGACUUGCUGUGUCUGCGGCAUCUGAUGGGGAGGACCUGGAGAGGGUUUGCGGGUCCGAUUAAUGUCAAGGACAAUGUUACUGUUGCUGAGGAUGACGAGUGUUAA